GUUUGCAAAGCCUGAGUUAAAAUCAGUUUUUUUUCAUGUUCAUAAACAGGACUCAUACACACAUACAUAUAUACACUGCUUAAACUAUAAUAUCCGUUUUGGAUUAUCCUGUCGGAAAAUUAUUUUUGUAAGUAACUCCUGUAAACUAACACCGAAGUUGCCAUGUCAGGUGAAACGUCAACUGCUAAGAAUAAUACCUGUUUAUAUAUUGGGAUAUGUUCCCGUUUUUCGACUUUCCAACUGAAUCAAAUAGAUCUGGACUUUACUGGCAAAUAUGAAAUUAUUAGUUUAUUUUUAAGACGAACAAUUGUAAAUUAUCCCACUUCCCUACUUCGCUAUUCAUGUACAUGCUUAAAAAUGAUCAGAUCUUGAUUGAAAAACAGUAAAUAGGUUAUUGAAUAGCAAUGCGGGUAUACUGGAGAGGAGUGGUUAUAGGGUCACACAUUGUGUAUGUCACGUCAACAGGGUGGGCUUCGGGCAGAUUAAAACUUUUUUCAAUCGCACUUUUAAACUUUUGCAAACAGUGGACUCAGUCAAAUAGUUUUGUAUGAGGAAAAAAACCCCCUGUUUUCUUAAGGCAAAUGUGUUGUGGAAAAACUAGUUUGUUUUUAUUCGUGUAUAUAGGACCUCAAGAAACAUUCCCUUUCGAAAAUUUUAAGCAGGAAAUCAUGUGUAAUUUAUUUUUCCGAAAUUGAUUACAUCAUUUCAAAAAUAUUAUUUUUCUUAACAUUUUUAUGUACAAAGAAUUUUCUAAUUCUCUGCGUGAAGUUACUUAUAGCAAUUUCCGAGUUUUACUGCUAUCCGCCUACAGAACUUAAAGAAGUCUUGCUUUAUUUCUUGUCAAACGAUUCUACUCAAAUGACGCUGAAUUAAGCAUGCCACUAGUGACUGGCAUCAUACUGAUCUGCCUACAAUGGAGUUUCUAUGUGAUGCCCUGUUCUACCAGACCUCUAAUUUUCAGCAAACGAACAAUUUCUUCCCUCAUAUCACUCACAGACUAUGAAGAGACAUUGCUAUGGGCAGUGAAGCUCCGAAAACCUUACUGGGGUUUUGUCUCAAAUUUUAGUGAUGCUUUUAAACAGUUAACCAAUGACAUAUCUCUGGUGCUGCUUCACCAAAUAGGUGACAUAGAUGCUCAUUACCUAUUUGCCUAUCAACCUCCAGAACAUCAAGGUGCUGUAAAUUAUUCUGUAGGCUUCUUUCAUAAAAAGCAUUUGGAUUUGCAUAAGGAUCUCUUCAGAAAGACUCAGGAAAUAGUUGAAUUAAAACUAGACAAACAUCACUAUGUCGAAUCAUACAGCCGAGAAAUAAUCCGUAAACGGCAUAAACGGUGGGAAGUUAGAUUUUCAGAUGAAGAAUUUCCGAAUCAAUGGCACUUGAAUAACCCCAAGAAUCCAGAGAUGGAUAUUGAUGUUAUGCGCGUUUGGAAGCACAAUGUUACUGGUAAAAACAUUGUUGUAGCUGUUGUUGAUGAUGGAGUGGAGUGGACUAACCCUGACCUUGAGAAAAAUUAUUGUGCUAAAGGAAGCUGGGAUUUAAAUGAUAAUGAUCCUGAUCCAAUGCCUAGUACCAGUUCAGAUACUAAUCAUCAUGGUACCCGUUGUGCUGGAGAAAUUGCUGCUGUCCCUAAUAAAGUUUGUGCAGUUGGUGUAGCAUAUGGUGCUAAAGUUUCAGGAUUGCGGGUACUAGAUGGUCCCCUUACAGAUGGUCUGGAAGCAACAGCAUUUAACAAAAAUAUGCAAAUUAAUGACAUAUACAGCUGCAGUUGGGGCCCUGAUGAUGAUGGAAUGACUGUCGAUGGUCCUCAUACUCUAGCUUUGCAAGCUAUGAAACAUGGUAUCGAUUAUGGCCGUAAUGGUUAUGGAAGUAUUUAUGUGGUUGCCAGUGGUAAUGGUGGUAGCAACUUCGACAAUUGUAAUUAUGAUGGAUAUGCAAAUUCAAUUUAUACUGUGACUAUAGGUGCUGUUGAUGAAUAUGGUUAUAUGCCCUAUUAUGCUGAAAAUUGUGCUGCCAUGCUAGCUGUGACCUUUAGCAGUGGUGGAAAUAAUGCCCGUUCUAUUGUGACCACUGACUGGUCGAAAAACACAGGGAAUGGCUGCACAUCUGAUCAUACAGGAACAAGUGCUGCAGCACCAAUUGCAGCUGGAUUGAUCGCGUUAUUAUUGGAAGUGCAGCCCUGCCUUACAUGGAGAGAUGUUCAGCACUUGAUUAUAUUAUCAGCAGUUUCAGUUGAUGCUGAUGCCAAAUGGAUAACGAAUGCAGCUGGCUUGAGACAUAGCCAUAGACAUGGAUUUGGUUUGAUGAAAGCAUGGCAUCUGGUCAAUGCAGCCAAGGUUUGGAAGAUUGUUCCAUGGCUUACUGAGUAUGAAACUGAAAUUAUAACACUUAACAAACCAAUACCUAAAGACGACUGGUCUGUGUCAGCUUAUGAAGUAACUAAGAAAGACCUACAAGGGUAUGUGCUGAAUGUUCUUGAACAUGUAUUAGUCACAGUUAAUAUAACUCACCAUUUUCGUGGUCAGUUAGAUAUCCAACUACUGUGUCCAAGUGGUACUCAUUCAAUGAUUGCUCCACCUAGAGCAAGUGACAAGUCUGACAGAGGUUUAAAAGGCUGGUGGUUUAGUACUGUUAGAUGCUGGGGUGAAUCUCCAAUUGGAACUUGGAAGCUUCUUAUAAAAGAUAUCAAUACAUCUGACAAACGAUUUGGCAUAAUUAACUACUGGAAGCUCAAGUUGUAUGGUUCUCCAAUGAUGCCAGAGGAAUUUCAAGAUCGUCGAAAAGAGGUUUUAUCAGCCAUAUCAAAUUCAGUAAUACAGAAUAAGAAACCUGCACUUUGCCAAACUCUUCCAAAACACGGCAAAGAUAUCAUUCCAAUUUCAGAAAGAGUUCUUAAGAUUUUGGCUGCAACUAAUAUAUUCUUGGUCUUCCUAACAUUAUACCAAAUGUUUGAAUACAUUGUAUGUUAUAAGGAUGAAAAGAAAGAGCAAAAAGAAGUAUUGCAACAGCAAAUGCAGGCACAUCGAAUUCAGCAAUAUGCUACUGCUGACAAUGAUGGUAUAGUAGAAUCAGAACGGUUGCUUCAGGAUCAGGACAGUAGGAGCUCGCCAGCAGCUUUUGAUUCCUCUGAAAGCAUUAAAAAUAUGUCAGAAAAUGUAUCUCUGGACCUCACUUCAGAGCAGUUACAGUUAAACAGUCACUUUGAAAGCUACGAGUUAACUAAUUCUCAAAUGCAGGAUAAUGUUGACAGUGAAAAUGAUCCUAUUGAAAUACAGGAAUCUUCUUUAAUGACAUAACCAGACAGAGGCGUUUUGAACAAGAGCAUUCUUCCAGAAAAUUUCUCAGGUUUACAAUGCAGCACUUUUGGUAUAUAACCCAUG